UAGUUGAACUGCGGAAACCGUGAGGGCCGUGGACUGCCACCAUCACUGUGACUCUUGACUGUGACCUCCCCAUCCCCAUCCCCAUCCCCAUCCCCAUCAGCUCUCUCAACUCUCAACUCUCAACUCUCAAAUCUCACCUCUUCCUGGAAGAAAGAAACAAUACUCUCAUCAAUUCCUCAGCUUUCUUCUUCUGCUCCUUCAUUUGCUUUUUCAUUCAACCGCAGUGUCAUCUCUUUCUUACUCUAUUGCUCGUUUUUUUUUAUUCCAUAUCUGUCUGUUCCGUUGAUUUAUGGAGGUCAGGAGGGGCUCUCUCCAACAAGAGAUCCGCUGUAACGCCUGAUUCAACCGAUUGUGUUCUUUCUUGGUUUCCUCAUCAUCACUUUCUCUUUCUUUUCUAUUUUUUUUACUUCUUUGUUUUGUUUUCCUGUAAAGAGGAACAAAGAUGGGGGUUUUGGAUGAGCUGGGAGUGGGUCAUAGAUGGAGGGGCUUGUUUUGGCCUGGAUCGAUAUAGGUUUUGGGGAUUUCGUGGGUGAUUCGAGCUCUGGAAGUAGUUUUGGGUGAUAAAGUUAUAGACGAACACCUUUAACAAGCUUCCCUUCUCCUCCCUUUCCUUAAGAAUCUCUCCCUCCUCUGAGUCUCUUUUGCCCUUAUUCCCGCAAAGGAGCGUAGUUUCCUAGAGAAUCCUUAAGCUUAGAAGAGAAAAAGAAACAAAGGAAAAGAAAAGAUAGCAGAUUGGAAAAGAAGAGUGCUUCAAAACAGGACUAGAAGCUGUCCUUGGCUUCCAUUGCUUUUCUCUCUUUGCAAUUUUGAGCGUUUUUAUUUUCCCCUUCUUGGUUUCGUAUUUGUUUUUGAGAGAAAGAGUAAGAAGCAGCAGAAGAAAACAUGGCUAUGGCUGUGGCUAUGCGCAGUGGUGGAAGUGGGAGUAGCUUGGACAAGCAGCUGGAUAGUGGCAAGUAUGUCCGGUACACGGCCGAGCAGGUGGAGGCUCUGGAGCGAGUGUAUGCCGAGUGCCCCAAGCCAAGUUCCAUCCGCCGCCAGCAGCUGAUCCGAGAGUGCCCCAUCCUUUCUAAUAUCGAACCCAAGCAGAUCAAAGUCUGGUUUCAGAACCGAAGGUGCCGGGAGAAGCAGAGGAAAGAGUCUUCAAGGCUUCAGGCAGUCAACAGGAAGUUGACUGCUAUGAAUAAACUCUUGAUGGAGGAAAAUGAGCGCCUUCAGAAACAGGUGUCCCAACUGGUUCAUGAGAAUGCAUACAUGCGACAACAACUGCAAAAGGUUUCACUGGCUAAUGACACUAGCUGUGAAUCUGUUGUGACCACUCCUCAAAAUCCUUUAAGGGAUGCGAGUAAUCCUGCAGGGCUUCUCUCCAUUGCCGAGGAGACCUUGCAAGAGUACCUUUCAAAGGCAACAGGAACUGCAGUCGAUUGGGUCCAGAUGCCUGGGAUGAAGCCUGGUCCGGAUUCCAUUGGGAUUGUUGCCAUUUCACACAGUUGCACUGGAGUGGCGGCACGAGCAUGUGGUCUAGUAAAUUUAGAGCCUACAAAGAUUGCGGAGAUCCUCAAAGAUCGACCAUCCUGGUUUCGUGACUGUCGGAGCCUUGAAGUCUUCACCAUGUUUCCAGCUGGAAAUGGAGGCACAAUAGAACUAAUAUACAUGCAGAUGUAUGCUCCCACAACUUUAGCACCUGCUCGAGACUUUUGGACCAUUAGGUAUACCACAACUUUGGAAGACAACAGUCUGGUGGUUUGUGAGAGGUCCUUGAGUGGUUCUGGAGGUGGUCCAAGUUCAACUGCAGCUCACCAAUUUGUAAGAGCUGAGAUGCUUCCAAGUGGUUACUUGAUCCGCCCUUGUGAUGGUGGGGGUUCGAUAGUACACAUUGUUGACCAUUUGGAUCUUGAGGCAUGGAGUGUGCCUGAAGUGCUGCGGCCUCUUUAUGAGUCACCAGGUGUAUUGGCUCAAAAAAUGACUACUUCGGCUCUACGCUACAUCAGACAGAUAGCUCAGGAAAUGAGUGGUGAAGUGGUGUAUGCCUUGGGAAGGCAGCCUUCUGUUUUACGGACUUACAGCCAAAAAUUGAGCAGGGGGUUUAAUGAUGCUGUCAAUGGUUUUAAUGAUGAUGGUUGGUCAACCAUGGGCUGUGAUGGUGUGGAAGAUGUAGUAAUUGCUACCAACUCUGCGAAGAAAGUCUGUCAUGCCAGUUCUGCUAAUGAUCUUUCAGUGCCCCCUGGAGGUGUUAUCUGCGCAAAGGCAUCAAUGUUGCUUCAGAAUGUCCCCGCGGCUUUGCUGGUUCGUUUUUUGAGGGAGCAUCGUUCAGAGUGGGCGGAUUACAACAUUGAUGCAUAUUCUGCUGCAUCUCUGAAAGCCGGGUCUUGUGCUUUCCCUGGACUAAGGCCCACUAGAUUCUCUGGGAGCCAAAUCAUUAUGCCGCUUGCGCAUACAGUCGAGAAUGAGGAGUUUCUUGAAGUGAUCCGUCUUGAAGGACAAGCUGUAGGUCAGGAUGAUUCCAGCUUAUCCCAGGAUAUUCAUCUCCUGCAGCUUUGCAGUGGAGUUGAUGAAAAUGCUGUUGGUGCCUGCUAUCAGCUUAUUUUUGCACCGAUAGAUGAACUUUUUCCUGAUGAUGCUCCAAUACUUCCUUCUGGAUUUCGUGUCAUACCUCUGGAAGCAAAAACAGAUAACUUAUCAGCAAAUCGUACUUUGGAUUUAGCAUCUAGCCUUGACGUUGGCUCUGCUUCUAACCAGUUGUGUGGGGACACAUCAAACACUCCAAGCUCACGUUCUGUGCUCACUAUUGCCUUUCAGUUUCCCUAUGAAGUUCACCUGUUAGAUAGUGUUGCUGUGAUGGCACGGCAGUAUGUCCGAAGCAUUGUUUCAGCUGUUCAAAGGGUUUCCUUGGCCAUCUCUCCAUCCCAGCAUGGUCUGAACAUGGGACGGAGUUUAUCUCUUGGCUCACCAGAGGCUCACACUCUUUCUACUUGGAUUUGUCAGAGCUACACUUACCAUGUGGGGGCAGAAUUACUGAGGACAAACUGCGAGAAUGGAGAAUCCUUGUUGAAAAUGCUAUGGCAUCAUCAAGAUGCCAUUUUAUGCUGCUCUUUAAAGACACAGCCAGUAUUUACCUUUGCCAACCAAGCUGGCUUAGACAUGCUAGAAACGACGCUGGUGGCCUUACAAGACAUUACUCUAGAUAGAAUUUUUGAUGAGGGUGGGAGGAAAGCAUUCUGUUCUGACUUUGCAAAGUUAAUGCAUCAGGGAUAUUGUCAUUUGCAAUCAGGCGUUUGCUUGUCUGGGAUGGGUCGCCAUGUCUCUUACGAACAAGCCGUUGCAUGGAAAGUACUUGACGAAGCGAGUAAUGUUUACUGUCUGGCCUUCUCUUUCAUUAACUGGUCUUUUGUUUGA